AUGGACCCCGACUUCAUCCAGAACUACAAGGAGGCACUGGAGGAGAUCAAGAAGCUAGAUGCCGAGCGUACCAAUUCCGAGAAAGAGAAGAAGGCUGAGCAGUACCUACGGCCGUUGUACGAGGAAGUUCUGAAGAAGAAGAACCCCGAUAAUAUCGUUUACUCUUUGGAUAGCAUCCAGGAAUGGAUCCGAUAUUUCUACAUAGCUGACAAGGACGCGAACGGAUACGUGUCCGGACAGGAGCUGGUCGACGCCUCCGGCGAGAAGAAAGAGGACAUUGCCGACUUCUUCAAGUUCUCGGAUAAGAAUUCGGACGCCCGGAUUUCCUUCUCGGAGUGGGUCAUCAUGGGGUUCAUCUGUGCCGAACAGGAGACUGAGUACGGUCGCGCCAAGAAGAACUGA